CGUUCGCAACCGGGUCAGGCUGGGAUUCCGCUUUCCUCGCCGCCCACCCUUCGCAACUUCGCAAAAACCCUGGGCUAUCAGGAGGGCGCAUGGGAUUCCUGCAAUGGGAAGGUGGAGGGCGUUGUGGCGGCCUUGGGGCUGCGGCCAGAGCAACCACUCGGCGCCUACGGUAUUCCACUACCGAAAUGCCUCUUCCCUUGCCCUCCCGCGUCAACCUGUGCCAUCAUUGGCUCAAACCAUGAACCAAUACCUGCGCUCCCUGGAGCCCCUGGUGAACCCCAAAGACCUGGAGCAGACGCGGCAGCUAGUGGCAGCCUUCGAGGCCCCAGGCGGAGAAGGCGAGAGGCUCCAGGUGCGGCUGAAAUGCAGGGCUGCCCGCAUGGAGAACUGGGUCAGAGAUUGGUGGAUUCAGACAGCCUACUUGGAGAAUCACCUUCCCUUGGUAGUUCACUCAAGCCCAGCUGUUGUCCUGCCCAAGCAGGAUUUCAAUGACUGGAGAGGACAAUUGAGAUUUGCAGCUAAGCUCAUUGCGGGUGUGCUGGAUUUCAAGGCAAAGAUUGACCGCCAGACCCUGCUAGUUGAGUAUUCCCACGGUCACCCUCUCAGCAUGGACUGCUAUUCUCGCCUCUUUGCCUCUUGCCGACUUCCUGGACGAAAACGUGACACUAUUUUACUGCCUCCACCUGGACGGAAACCCCCAAAUUAUAUUACCGUUGUUCGCAACUUCCAGUUCUUCCAGCUUGAAGUAUACAACAGUGAUGGGACACCGCUGACCAUCGACCAGCUCUAUCUCCAGCUCCUAAAAAUCCGCUCCUUUUCUUGGAAGUUGGAUAAAGAGCCCUUGGGAGUCCUCACCAGUGACCACCGACAUACCUGGGGAGAAGCCUUCACUAGUCUCAUGAAAGACAAGCUGAACCAGGAAUCGGCUCUCAAGAUCCAACGUAGCCUCUUCACCGUCUGUCUGGAUGCCCCUAUCUUGAAGGUGUCCGAUGCCCACGUCCAAAGCCGUUUAGCAGCUCAGAUGUUGCAUGGUGGAGGAAGCUACUCCAACAGCGGCAAUCGCUGGUUUGACAAGACGCUGCAGUUCAUCAUCGGAGAAGAUGGCACCUGUGGGGUCCUUUACGAACAAGCCAUCGCUGAGGGGCCACUGAUUGCCACAGUCAUCGAUUACGUCAUGGAUUAUUGCAAAGAUCCAGUCAUGACACGCAGCCCAAUGAUCCCUCUACAGUUACCCCAAAAACUGUAUUUUUCCAUCACUCCAGAAGUCAAGCGGGACCUGGAGCGUGCAAAGCAGAAUCUGGAUGUCCUGAUCAGCGAUCUGGACAUCCGUUGUUUCACCUAUGACGGCUUUGGGAAGGAGUUUCUCAAAAGCCAAAACUUGAGGCCUGACUCGGUCAUGCAGGUAGUGCUGCAGCUGGCGCAUUACAGAGCACACGGGCAAUUGUGUCCCACCGCAGAGACAGCUUCGCUUCGUCGCUUCCAUCAGGGCCGGUCAGAAAUCAUACGCUCUGCUACCUCAGCUGUGCUGGCCUUUGCCCAGGCAAUGGGUGAUGAGAACUGCCAGGCCCCUGAAAGAUUAUCUCUCCUGAAACAAGCAGUUGAAUUCCACAGCACCCUGACAGAGCAGGCUCUGGAUGGACAAGGCAUCGACUGCCAUUUGCUUGGACUGAAAAUGGAGGCCAUCGCGGAUGGUUUCCAUGUGCCCGAGCUUUUUAUGGAUAUUUCCUACACCAUGGCUUCAUACUGGAAACUCUCCACAGGACAGGUCGCUUCCCGCACGGACUGCAUCAUGUGUUACGGGCCCCUCGUGCCUGACGGCUACGCUGUUUGCUAUAACCCUUUGCCUACCCACGUUAAUUUUGCCAUCACCGCCUUCAAUUGCUGUGAGGAAACCAAUGCCACUUACUUAGCCGGAAACAUCCAGAACGCCCUGGCUGAUGUGAGGGCCUUGUUGGGGAACUUUGGAGAGGGCCAGCCUGAAAGGCUCUGAAAAAUAUUUUGAACUUCACUUCAGACUUCAAUGUGACUGAGGGCGUCUCUCUAGUUUGGCCAACAGAUGACCCGUCGUCGUUGCUGAGAAAUCCCCAAUCUCUCCCUUGCUUUCCUUUGGGCCAAAAUUUGGGAUGCGGCAUCCAUCAGCACUCCUAAUCCAUAAUGUCCUUUGCUAGCCCUUAACAGGGUUUGUGGGGAAUUGGCUGUCUUUAUAUAAAUAUAUAUAUACAUACAUCUUCUAAAUGCAAGAUCAGAUCCUAAUUUAUUUCCAGAAUAAAGACAUUUAAAAUAUAUAUAUCUCUCUCUCACAGGAAAGGUGCUGAGUUAAUUUCUUGUUUAGAUCAGUGAAAGAUUUAAAACAAAAAACAAAAAUUAUGACUGAGUUGCCGGUCCAUUCCAAACUGACCUUUACAGCAUGGUGAACUUUGAUUGUGAUUCUUGUUCACAUUGUGCCUUACUUUAGCUGCCCCCAAUUUUUUGAGCACCUAGGACCGCUACCGGGGUGGGUGGGGGGCGGGGUAUAAUUUCCUGAGCUACCUAUCUCCUGUGCAUGCGCAGAUGAAACUUCACUCACUUGUGUGGCUUAGUUUCUAAUGGGCCAUGGCCUGGUACUGGUUUACAGCCUGGGAUUUGGGGACCCCUGCCUUACAUGCUUUUUCCCCAGGGGUUCUCAAACGUUUGGGGUAGGAUGACCUUCUGAAACGAUGAAUUGAUUUCUGGGUCUUCCACCCCUUAAAAGAAAUUGCUUUCAUUUGGGAUGAGGUUUGGCAAAAGAAAUAAAAGGCAUCACGGUUAAAAAUCUAAUCUGUAUCCAAAAGGGAUUCUUAAACUUUGCAGGAUUACAAAAGGAGGACGUGAGGAGCAAUGACUUGUGGCAUCUUCCAUUCUGUCAACUUAGCUCUGUUUUUUGUUUGUUUGUUUGUUUUAAAAAAGUCAAUCACUGUCAAGUUUCUAUUCAGGAUUGCAAGAUCCAGGAAGAAAGAUUUCCAUUGACAUUUUAAUUUUAUUUCAGAUUUAAUGCUGGCAAAAUCAAUGAUGGUAAAGGGGUGUGUGUGACUGAUUACCAAAAACUGAAGAAGGAAAACUUCAGCUGUCAUUCAUUAGCAAAUUCAUUAAAGCGGGAUCUCUAUGAA